AAGAACGACUCCGACAUCACCAGCAGGGCUGAGCUUGAGCUCUCAAUCAAAUCCCACAGACGAGGAGUAGGAAGCUCUGCGGAGACAUGUAAGAUGGCAGAGUUGCAGAUGUUACUAGAGGAAGAAAUCCCAGCCGGCAAACGAGCUCUCGUGGAGAGUUACCAGAACCUGACGAGAGUCGCGGAUUACUGUGAGAAUAAUUAUGUUCAGGCCCAGGAUAAGAGGAAAGCCUUGGAGGAGACCAAAGCCUACACCACCCAGUCGCUGGCGAGUGUGGCCUAUCAGAUCAAUGCCUUAGCCAACAAUGUCCUGCAGCUGUUGGAUAUCCAGGCCUCGCAGCUGCGCAGGAUGGAGUCCUCCAUUAACCACAUAUCUCAGACAGUGGACAUCCACAAGGAGAAGGUGGCAAGACGAGAGAUUGGCAUCCUGACAACAAAUAAGAACACGUCGAGGACUCACAAGAUCAUCGCUCCUGCCAACGUGGAGCGGCCGGUGAGGUACAUCAGAAAGCCCAUCGACUACAACGUUCUGGAUGAUGUGGGCCAUGGAGUGAAGCAACACGGCAACAAUCAGUCCAUCAGAGGAGGAACUCUGUCCAGAACCAAUCCUCCGACUCAGAAACCCCCCAGUCCACCGCUGGCGGGACGAGGAACUCUGGGGCGUAACACUUCUUAUAAAACACUGGAGCCGGUGAAACCUCCAACGGUGCCCAAUGAUUACAUGACGAGUCCGGCUCGAUUGGGCAGCCAACACAGUCCAGGACGAACUGCAUCUCUCAACCAGAGACCGAGAACACACAGUGGCAGCAGUGGGGGAAGCGGCAGUCGAGAGAACAGCGGCAGCAGCAGCAUCGGCAUUCCCAUCGCUGUGCCCACUCCCUCCAUUCCCAACUCAAUCCCAGCCACACCCUCAUGGGCUCCUCCCCCUGGAGCUCCUCCCCCAGCCCCUCCUCCUCCACCCCCUCUCCCGGGCCUGGGCCCACCAAUGCCAACCGCUGCUAUAGCCGUUGCUGCUGGGCCAGGUCUCGGCCCGAUUCCCAUGUCGCAGUUCGGCACGAUAUCCCGACAGGUCUCCCGACACAACUCCAGCAACUCGUCCGUCUCCAUGGUCUCUGCCACGGGCACAUAUCGGCGAGCGCCGUCCGUCUCCUCACAGUUCUCCUUGCAGCAGCCGCACAUUAACGGCGGAACGCCCGCAAUGUCUAUGGCUCCUCCUCCUCCACCUAUGCCUCAGCUCACACCACAGAUUCCCCUCACAGGCUUUGUGGCUCGAGUUCAGGAGAACAUUGCAGAUACUCCGACUCCUCCCCCUCCGCCUCCCCCUGAAGACAUUGUCAUAUUUGACGAGGCUCCUCCUCCUCCUCCUCCACCUCCACCUGCAGACUAUGAAGAUGAAGAGGCAGCAAUAGUGCACUACAGUGACCCCUACGCUGAUGGAGACCCUCAGUGGGCACCCAAGUCCUACGCUGAGAAGGUGGUGGCCAUCUAUGAUUACACCAAGGACAAGGACGAUGAACUGUCCUUCAUAGAAGGAGCCAUAAUCUACAUCAUCAAGAAGAACGAUGACGGUUGGUUCGAGGGGGUGUGUAACGGCGUCACAGGCCUCUUUCCGGGAAACUACGUUGAGUCCAUCAUGCACUACGCCGACUGAAGAAAAACCAACACAAACAAUCAGAUCUCCACCAAAUGGUGAAAAUCUCCAAACUUUACUUUUUUGCGGUGACGGGGGGAUCUGGGCAAAAUAUUCCGAGGAAGUCAGUGUGUAUAUAAAAUAAAGCAGUUCUAGUGAAUGUCAAUCAGCAGUCGAUACAAGGCGUGAACAUGUAAAGUAGAUGAUUGUCUUUUGCUUUUAUGACAUUUCCAACUAAAAGUCAACUGUUGAUUUGAUUUUCUCGUUUUGGAUGCGAAAAAAUAAAAGUCGAUCAUGUUAGAAA